AUGGUUGAGCUCGGAGGAAACGGACCAUAUUCUACAUCAUUCGACAAUUCUGUCUUCAUCAUUCCAGCGAUCGUGAUUGUCGCCCUUUUCACCUUUGCCGCCCUCAAACUUCGUGAUGCCACGCAGGGCAAAGAAAAGAGCGCAGCCCGUGCUCGUCGUGAUGAGAAGAAGAAGGCCAAGUAA